AUGGUGACACACUGGCUUCAAUGGUCAUUUUACUAUAAAAUGCUGCAGGAUCAGACAGUUGGUCACCUGAAGUGAUCCACAUCCAGAGGGACCAUGACGAUGCUUUCCAUUGUCUUUGUUUUUGUGAUCGCUGGUUCUGCAUCAGGAGCCAUUGAGAAGAGGAUUGUUGGGGGGAUAUCCUGUAAGGAGGACAGGCAGUACCAUGUCCAAAUAGAGUCUCUUCAGGGGGGCAUGACCUGUGGAGGUGCUCUGAUUAACACUCGCUGGGUCAUCACAGCUUCUCAUUGCGCUGAACGGGUUGUCAAAGUUAAGAUUGGCUUAAACAACCAGCUGCCACUGUUGAAAGAAGUUAAGAGUUUUUUUAAGAAUCUAUUUUCGGGUCCACCAAAAAAUCUUGAGCAAGAAGUUGACCCUAAACAACAGUUUACCUUCAAAGAAGGGGAUGGUCCACCCCAUGACAUCAUGCUGAUAAAACUGAAUGAGGAUGUGUCUGCUAAACUUCCCACCAUCAAGCUUCCUCCUGUUGAGUGUGAAAAACCAACACUAAAUGCUCAGGUUCAGAUUGGAGGCUGGGGUUUCAAGACGGCUGAUGUUAAAAAGGCCAGCAACCCCAAAAAUUUAAAGUGUGCCAACACAGAGAUCACUGAAUGUGGUGAGAAUGACAAACCUGAUAGUAAAUACCACAGCGAAGAAGCUACUACCAUGUGUGCUCAUAAACCUGGCGUGGACUCCUGUUUUGGUGAUGCGGGUACAGCUGUGGAGUACAACCACCUUUUACAUGGAAUCAUUGUCAGCAACCCUGUUGACAAGUGUGCAAAUCCCAUUGUAAUGUUGAAUGUUUGUCACUACAGAAAGUGGAUUGCUGAAACCAUGCGGAACAAUCCAUGAGUAAAACUUCCAGGAGAUAUAUUUCCUGAAAAGAGUGCUUAUUCUUCAUAAUUCAUUAAAUACAAAAUACAAUUGAAAAGAUUAGUUAAAACUGAGGCCUAGUACAGUUACAAUGCAAACUGCUUGGUACUUUGCACUGGCUCAGUCUGUUAUUUGUCUAUAAAAAUCACCGUUUUCUUUGUGAAUAAAAAGCAUGUCUGCCUGGA